AUGGCCGUCCACCCCACCGACGCCGCGGCCUCGGGCCUGGGUGUCCAUGGCCUGCGUUUUCUCAACGAUGAAUGGAACGAUAGCAUCUCCAAUGGCGACUCCUUCACCCUCCGCUGGAACCAGUCCUUGGCCAAGCUUGGGUCCGGCCUGGGCGUGUUCAAAGUAACGUAUCCAAAGGAUGGCGUCGUCGUCUACGAGCUCAUCUCGAAUCUAACAGAUACCAUAGACGGCGACUCAUGCCAAUGGACCCCAAACAACCUGGAAAAGAAGAGCCUGUACGCAAUGUGGCUCACAGCCGGCCAAGAUAAUAUACAUCCAAACUGGACACUAUCUCCUCCCUGGGUUCCUAAAGAAUCGUCAGGAAACGGCGCCUCACCCUGGGCAGCACCCUUUAUCAUUCCCGUCGUCUGCUUACUCGGCGUCUACGCCGCAUCCCUGACGGGCUACCUAGUCUAUCGCCGCCGGAAAAAGGCCAGACGCGAACAAGAGGACGCAACACCUCACCAGGACGCGAGCCGGAACAAUUCUGUCGACUCUGCCGUCACGGCUCAGACGCUGUCUGACAUCGAGGGGGGACCCGAGAAACGUAGCGUCGUUGUCUUCGCCAAUAGCAGCUCAGACGCCGAAGUCACUCUUCGCGGUGCUGCGGGCAGCGCCUCUAUUGACCGGUCUGAGAUUGAGCAAGCAAUAAGCAACGCUCGGCGUGGACGCGGCGGCACGGCUGAGGGAGUCGGCACCAGCAGCUCAACCAUCGACCGGUCUGAGAUCGAGCGCGCAAUAAGCAACGUUCGCCGUGGACGCAGCGGUACGGCUGAGGGAGGCGGUACCAGCAGCUCACCCAUCGACCGGUCUGACAUGGAGCGUGCACAAAGCAAUGUUCUUCGCGGACGCAGUGGCACGGCUGAAAGACGCGGCCCCAUCGGCGCCUCCAGCGACCGGUCUGAUAUCGAGCUUGCGCAAAGCAAUUUUCGCCGAGGACGCAUUGACACGGCUGAAAGAGGCGGUAUCCGGAUGGUACCCGACUCGGCCUCCGGGUCCGAUGUCACAGAAGAAACGUACAUUCGACAUACGAAAGCCGAAACACCCGUCGGCCUGUAA